CCCCGAGCGAGGUAUGUCCAGUGAAGGAAUAUAUGUGCUGUCAUCAUUCCUUUCAUGAUCGAAAGUGACACACUUGAUAGAAGAGGCGUGGUGUACCUUGCAGUUAAUAGGAGCAUUUAAGGGUGAAACUAUGGACAUGGCUACACAUACCUGAUUUUUUUUUUUCCCCCUUUAGAAAAUAUGGGCAAAGAUAACUAGAACUGAAGUCUGUUGUGAAUGAUAAAGCUCCACAGGUCGAUUGAGUGCUCAACAUGUGGACAGAAUGGCUGGGAAAAGGGAGACAUUUAGCUGUUUGUCAUGGCAGAAUGUGGGAAAUAUGACAGCAAAAGCACUGUUUUCAUAUAACAUUGCAACAGCAUUUCUCUCUUUAAUUAUUGCAAAGAAAUGUGAAGCCUAUGAUGUGAUGUUGAGGCAAAAUCUUGUGCCUGAUGGGCAGCCUCUUGUUAUUAAAUGUUCACUGGAAAGGAGCUUGAAAAGUGGAGACUACAACUUAACGUGGUACAAAGUUGGAAACCAGACACCUGUGCCUAGAGACAAGCUGUCUAGAGUUCAUCAGCAGAAGAAUUUAAUUUUGUUUCUUCCUGCAAUGUUAGAAGAUUCUGGAGAUUAUGAAUGUGUCAUAAGGAAUUUGACAAGCUGCAAGAAAACGUGUACAAAAGUAACAGUUUUUGAAAGGAGUGAUGGUUUAUGCUUGAAUGAAAAAUUUGCUGUAGAGGAGGUGAUAUUCACAUCAUAUUCUGCAAAGGUCGUGUGUCCCCACUUGGGUUAUUUCAGGAAAGAAAAUAAUAUUCAGCCUGUUCGUUGGUAUAAGGACUGCAAGCUGCUGGAGGGAAAAAGGUUUGCCCUUUCAAACAGUGACCUUAUAAUUUUCAAUGUGACUGUACAUGAUGGAGGAAACUAUACAUGUGAAACAACAUAUACCUACAAUGGGAAACAAUAUAACAUUUCACGAGAUAUCAGUCUAGUUGUAGAAGUGACCACACCAAAAAAGCCUCCAGAAAUAACUUACCCAAGAAACAACUCCAUUGAAGUGGAACUUGGCUCAGAGGUUACUGUGGAUUGCAAUGCAACAGGUGCUUAUGGGUAUAAGGUGUACUGGACAGUCAACGGUGUGCAUAUUGAUACAUUUUAUAUGAGCAGAAUUUUUACAAGUUCCUCUGAGGAAGAAACUUCUUACGAUGGGCGCCCUAUACAUUCUGAGAAGCUGAUAAUUUCAGAAGUGAGCAGUGAAGAUUAUGAACAGCCUUUUGUCUGUCAAGCUUCAAAUGCCUUUGGGCAAGUUGCAUCCUAUAUUAUAUUAAAACACAGAGUUCCUGACAUACGAAGAUGGUUGACUGGAGGGCUUGUCUCUUUGUUAAUUUUGACAUUUAUUACUUUAAUAAUCUACAAGAUUUUCAAGAUUGAUUUGGUGCUUUGGUACCGUAAUUCUGUCUGUGCCCUUACAAGUAAGGAAGAUGGGAAAAUCUAUGAUGCAUAUGUCCUGUACACAAAAGGCAGUGAAGGCAGAAGUAUCUGUUGUCUGGAAACCUUUGUUCGUAGGAUACUCCCAGAUGUUUUAGAAAAACAAUGUGGAUAUAACCUUUUCAUAUUAGGAAGGGAUGAUUUACCAGGAGAAGCUGUGGUCAGUGUUGCUGAUGAAACCCUUAAGCAAAGCAGAAGACUGAUGAUUAUUUUGGGAUCAGAAACAUCUAGGUGCUGCCUGUUAGAAGACACCUCUGAGCAACAACUAGCUAUGUAUAAUGCGCUCAUCCGUGAUGGGAUUCAAGUGAUUCUUAUAGAAAUGGGUGAAAUACGGGACUACACAAGCAUGCCAGAAUCAAUCAGAUACAUUAAGCAAAAACACGGAGCCAUUCCAUGGAAAGGGGACUUCUCAGAGAAAUCUUGUUCAGCAAAUACAAGGUUCUGGAAAAAUGUGCGCUAUCAAAUGCCAUCCAGGAAAAAGGUAUCUUAUUCUCAAGUGCAUUUGAUGCCGCUAACUUGGAAUGGUUCUGCAGCAAAGGGAAGUUAAGAAGCACUUAUUUAAAUAUUUUGCAUAGUCUUUAUACUACAAAGUAGAUGUUUUCUUUGAGGAAACUGCUCAUCCCUUCCAUAAAUUACACCCUAAAAAAAACCAAAACCAGCUCUGUGCAGUUUUAUUUCUGUUACAAGUUUUGCAUAGUGACACAAUUUGUUGUGUUAGUCUCCACCAAAUAUUAAAAGUAAACAUGGUGAUGGCGAUAGGCUAUUAAGUAGCUGUGGUCCACAUAAAUAUUGUAUGAAGAAAUAGCUGUGUUGAUAUAUUUUAUAUAUUAGUAAAGGCCUAUCUGCACAAACCAGUCUUUGAAAUAAGUCGUGAUAUUAAAGGCUAAAGUCCUUGAAACCUUCCUGCAGAAGAGAGAGUAAAGCAAAACAAUAUCCUUUUGUGUAGGAGAAAAAAUGUAAACCUGUGUGUAUUAGCCAAUGGUAACUUGCUUAGCCCGCAGACCCUGUAGAACCCUAUAAAAGGUGUGCUAAAGAUAGAAAUAAACGGCGUUCACGUUUACUUCUGUGAAGACUGGUGAAUAGCUGGCGGUCUCUCAAUAUAGCUGUGAAGACCAUUCUUAAAAAAUCAAAACUGCAGUUGAUAAAUUAAAAGUCUAUUUCUAUCAUCAGCAUUUUUCUUGUCAUUCUGUUCCAAUUCUUAUUGCCCCUCCAUGAUUGUCUGAUUUGCUUAUUGCUGCAAGAAUCUGCUCUGUGCAAGCUUUGUCUCCUGAGCAACAGAUCUUACCCUUGCUUCUUAAAAGGGCUGGGGAAAUCCAUGACAUAGCAGUAUAAUUUAAAACUCAUCACAACACUAAAUGUGUUUCUGCUGAACAGUUGGUACCAAAUGUGUUCAGCAAAUGGAAAGGAAUGAAAUCUGUGGAUUUUUAGACUGUUGAACAAUUCUGUGGUAUCUGGUAUAUGUUUUCUUUUUAAACUAUGUAAUGCUUAGGAAACUGAAAAUAGUUUGUAUUUCUUGAGAAUGGGAAGCUUUCUAGACUGUGCUACUACUCUGGAAACCAGAUAUUCUCAUGCUGUGUCUCAGCUCUGCUAACUGCAUGCGCAGAAAUUCACUGAGAAUCUAUCAAAGAACUGUGCUUGGGUUGGGUAUCCUGGAGAGUGGAAAGUGGCCAGUUCUGAAACAUGACCAAAUUCUAAUGGCAAGAAACAGUAUCUCAUCUACUUGUGAGAGAAAAAGUAAGAGGCAUAUGGCUGUAUCAAACUGCUUGAGAGUAGCUUGGUAUUUCUGGACCCAAAUCCACUUUUGUGCAUCACUGUGAGAAAAUGACAUGCUGCUUCCUUUUCAAGGUGGUCUGAAGCAGCAGGAGUUUUUAUGCUCCAGCCUUGAAGAAUAUCAUCUGAAUGCAAAUAAGAAUUUUGCUUGCUUUUUAAAAAUUUUUUUCUGAGGUUAUGUAGGUUCUAACAUCAUGUUUAUUGCCAGAAUAGCGUCUGUCAUGGAAUUCCUUUCAGCUGGUUCUCAGAGGUAUAUGUAUCUAGAAUAUAUUCUUCAUUGGGCUGUAUUGAUGGGAGAGAAAGCAAAAUCUAGGAAUGAAAACAUGUAAUCAAAGGGAAAGAUUUCCAAUAGCAUUUCAUGGUACUUUUUACUAUGUAAAGGUGUAGUAAAUACUCCUUAGGAGCAGUGUCUCAUUUUCCUGGCUGUGGGGUUCACAACUGUGUAAUUUUCCACAGCCUUUGCUGACUAGAGUUAAUUUGAGGUGUCACCAGGAAAACUGGGAGCAGGAUAGAUCCAUCAGAUGAGGUGCUAUUGUCCUAGUAGAUGUUGAAUUCAUGUUCUUCAGAAAUGAAUAAUAUUUAGGCUGGAACCUUUAAAAAAUAAAUUUAGGGACUUAGAGAAUUCAGAUAAUCAUAAUUGUCAAAUUUUUACAUUGUGUUUAGACUUAGCUUUCUCAAAAAAGUAUUUAAAGUUGAUUUCCUUCCUUCCUUUUUAAAAUUUGUGUUUAAAAACAGAACCUUCUUAUUUUCCAUGUAAAAGAGGAAAAAUAUGAGGAAAAGAUGUUGAAAUGGAGGCAGAUUUUUUCAGCUUCCUUAUUUCAUAUGCUUUGAAAUGAAAAAACAAACCAAUGACUAGGACUUGCAGUACUACUUAAAAAUAAACCGAUUUGCAAUUUGUGCUGGUGUUUUUUGGUUUUUUAUUCUGUGAAUGUGCAGUUAUGAUUUCUGGCUCCUUUUUUUCAUAGUUCUUUUCGGAGGUUUGCCACAGUAUUCAAGAUAAGGGUUUUCCCAUUUCUCC